AUGGGGACCAUCGUCGACGCCGAAGAGGCAAGGAAUCUGUCGUUUUUCCGACCCCUAGGUUACCAACGUAACUCCUGUGGUUACUGUAAAUCCGAUGAUGGCAGUGCUUCCUAUUACACUAGCUCGGUCGCCGUUCGUCCGGUUCAUUAUGAAGAACUUGUCAACCGCGGCUGGAGAAGGUCGGGAACGCUCUACUACAAGCAGAACCUGCAGAGGUCAUGCUGUCCGCACUAUACGAUGAGGUUGGAAGCUUCGGCUUUCAAACCUAGGAAGGACCAGCGGAAGGCAAUCAAUCGCUGGAACAAGUUCAUCUUGGGUCCUGAGUAUAUCCGUAGGGCGGCGUAUCUGUGUCCUAAGAGCCGAGCAGAAAAGAAACACCGGAAGCAAAACUUCGAUGUUUUGGAUGUCGUGCAUGAGGCUGAAUACAGCAACGUGAAACGACCUCUGGAUCCCAAAACCAAGAAACUUCUAGAGCCGGCUCAUCGGUUCGAAGUUAACAUCGAGGGCGACUCCAUAUCGCAGGCCAAAUUUGACCUCUUUCUCAAAUACCAAACCACAGUCCACAAGGAAGAUGUAUCCAAAUGGCAAACCAAGGACUUCAAGCGCUUCCUUUGCUCAGGCAUCAAGCGAUCCCCAGCCAACCCGCAGUCCUCGGAGAAGAAGCUAGGAUCGUAUCAUCAAUGCUACCGAUUGGACGGCAAGCUGAUCGCCGUGGCUGUCUUGGACCUGAUGCCGAAUGGCAUUAGCUCUGUCUACAUUUUCUACGACCCGGCGUACGAGCAAUGGGAAUUCGGAAAACUCAGCGCGCUCAGAGAAAUCGCCCUGGCCAGUGAAGGUGAUUAUAAGUAUUACUACAUGGGUUACUACAUCCACUCCUGUCAAAAGAUGCGCUACAAGGGCUCCUUCAAACCCCAAUACAUUCUCGACCCAGAAAGCCAAACCUGGGACCCCCUCGACGGCGAACUUUCCCAAAAGCUCGACAAACGCCCAUACGUCUCCCUCUCGCAUGACCGACAACUUUCCGAAGCCGCCGCACAAGACACGCCGCAAGCCACCGACGCCGACGCCGAAAUCAACGACGAAGAUGUCUCCCUCUUCGACCUGCACAUGCCCGGCGUCUUGACCCUGGAACAAGUCAAGGCCCUGGAUCUCGAUCACUGGCUCCUUCUGGUCCAUGGGACGUUUGUGCAUAUGAUUGACCUCGUCGGAUGGGAAGAUAUGCCAAUGGACAAUCCGCAGUCCGUGAAGGGGAUAAUUGCGGAGUUGGCGGCCGUGUUGGGACCGGAGGUUCGGAAGGAGAGUGCGGUGGUUUUGUUUGAUUAG